CAGGCUGCGCUUGGGUGCCGGGGCGCUCCGCGGAGGAGUGGCCUGGCUGAGGCUCCCGGAGAGGGAGGAAGAGGAGGUGGCGGAGGUGCCGCAGCGGCAGAGGAAGCAGGCGGUGACACCUCAGGUAGAGGCCGUGUGGGCUGCCCGCCCGCCCCACUGAGGCGAGGCGAUCCCCGCCGCCCACGCCCGCCGAGCCAGUCCUGCCGCGUCAGGCGGCCGCGGCCCCGCAGGCUCCGCCCCGGCGGUGCUGCCCGGCUGGUUCCACAAGUUUUUGACAGCUUCUUAGCGACCGAGGGAGCAGCCGAGGCUGAGGUGGCGGCGCUGGGCUGGGGCGCUCUCCGGAGGACGAAGCUCUUCCUAGCGGCCGCCUCCUCGCCGGCAGCAUGUCUCGGGACCCCGAGGAGGUGAACAAGCUGACGGAGAGCACUUACAAAAAUGUUAUGGAACAGUUCAAUCCAGGACUGAGGAAUUUAAUAAAUCUGGGCAAGAACUACGAAAAAGCUGUUAAUGCUAUGGUAGUGGCUGGAAGAGCAUAUUAUGAUAGCCUUGCGAAGAUUGGGGAUAUAUCAGCUGAUUCUCCAGUUUCUAAAGAAUUAGGCCAAGUUCUGGUAGAAAUUUCAAGAACACACAAGAAACUUAAUGACAGUCUAGAAGAGAGUUUCAAAAAAUUUCAUAAAGAAAUUAUAUCUGAACUGGAGAAGAAAACAGACCUGGAUGUAAAAUAUAUGAAUGCAACUUUAAAGAGAUACCAAACUGAACACAGAAGCAAGUUAGAUUCUUUAGAGAAGUCUCAGGCUGAGCUGAAAAAAAUCAGAAGGAAAAGCCAAGGAGCCCGGAAUGUCAUGAAAUAUGAACAUAAAGAAAUGGAGUAUUUGGAAACUGUGAGCUCUCGACAGAGUGAUAUUCAGCGAUUUAUUGCAGAAGGCUGCAGAGAAGCUCUUCUUGAAGAAAAAAGAAGGUUCUGUUUUCUGGUUGACAAGCACUGCAGCUUCACCCAGCACAUGCACUUCUAUCACAUUCAGUGUGCUGACUUCCUAAAAUCCAAGCUGCCUGGGUGGCAGGAAAUCUGUAGCGAUGCCACCAAAGUGCCUGAAAAAGUCAGAAUGAUGAUAGAUGAAAUAAGGACACCUGGUUCCACUCCAAUAUCAGGAACUCCACAGCCUUCACCCAUGAUAGAGAGAAAUACCAUGAUUGGAAACGUUUAUCCUCAUCAUGAAAAUGCAUCAAAGGUGCCCCCUGCUCCUACAGGUAGGGCGUACACUAGUCCGCUAGUUGAUAUGUUUAACCAUCCUGCAAUGGCUCCAAAGACAUCUUGUGAAAAACGAAGUAAUUCAGCAGAAAAUUCAGAUGAUGCCAGUUUAUCGCGUUCAACUUCUGUUGCCACAGGUCUAAAUAUAAUGAAAAGGCAAAAAGUAAAGACAAUCUUCCCACAUACUGCUGGAAGUAACAAGACGUUGCUUAGCUUUGCACAGGGGGAUAUUAUCACACUUCUUGUAGCUGAAGAAAAGGAUGGCUGGCUUUAUGGGGAACAUGAUUCAACUAAAGUAAAAGGAUGGUUUCCAUCAUCAUAUACUAGACCACUAGAAGAACCAGCAGAAGAAAAAGCGUUUGUUCCAGUGCCAAGCCCUGCACCAAUCCGAAGUAUCAGUUCUGUAAAUCUUGUGGAAAAAGGUGACGUUGUCCUCCCACCACCAGACUACCUGGGAUCUUUGCAAACAGAUAAAAGAAUGGAGCCUUCCAAAGGUACUGCUGCUGUUAAAACACCAACUGACAGACCUGAAAAUGCAGGCCCGUUGCAGAGUUUCCUUGUCUUUCCUGCUUCUAUGCAAGUCACCAACCCCCCACACCACCAUAAGGCUUUGGAAAUAAGCUCAACAUUAUACCAGAAACCUGAUAUGAAUGGCAUUAUAAAACCACCUUUUCUAAGUGGAGAAAAUCCUUUUGCAACUGUGAAACUCAGACCAACAAUAACAAAUGACAGAUCAGCACCAAUUAUUCGAUGAACAUACAGUCCAUACACAUGUACUUCCUCCUUAUAAACACCAUUUUCAGUAAUGACAAUAACCAUCUAAACUUGUUCCAAAAAUUUAUUUAAAUGUAAUUACUGUACAAUAGAAUCAUACUGGAAUGGAUUUCUGAUUUUUUUUUUUUUUAAGCCUAUACUUUCUAAUGAGGUAACUGCUUUGGGAUAAUGUUUGAGCACUUUGGCUUGAUUUUACAGUAUGCCUUUUUGUAGUAGGAAUUGUGAAAAUACUGGAGAUAGUUUGGAUAUUCUAGUAAACCAGUGUAACAGCUCACAAAUAUGUAUUUUUUUUGGCAUUCGUUAUUUGGAAACUGCAAUGGUAAGUUCAGUUCUAGACUAUAAGCCUGCAUAUGCCACUCACUAAGUAAGAAGAUGAUGAUUUUUUUUUUUCCCCAAACAGAACAGUGUAACAACUGCCUUGUUCCAGAAUAGAGAAAUGCCUGUAUAAAGUGAUUAUGUAUUAUCUUAAAGACACCCUAGGUUAUAAAUAAAUAUUUAUCCUUUAAGAA